CGUCUUUCAAUUUCAAAUACUUGUUCUCCUUUUGUUCUCCUUUCUUCUUCUUCAAUGGCGUGUAUCUCCACACCACCCAAAUUCACCGUCUCUCAAAUCACUUCGAAAUCUCCACCUCUCUCUCCUUUUCUUCUCCACUUCAACUCUAAGCGUUCCCAUUUCCCUCGAAAUCCUUCAUUUUCAUCACCCUCUUCAAGUCCCAUCAUCAAGACCAUCAUUUCCUGCACCCAUUCCUACUCCUCCGCUGCCCCUACUCCUCCCCGUCGCCGCCCUCAGUACAUCCCAAACCAUAUCCCUGACCCUUCCUAUGUCCGAAUAUUUGACACCACUCUCCGCGACGGCGAGCAGUCCCCUGGCGCCACCCUCACCUCUAAGGAAAAGCUCGACAUCGCUCGCCAGUUGUCGAAGCUUGGUGUCGACAUAAUUGAGGCUGGAUUCCCUGCUGCCUCCAAGGAUGAUUUUGAGGCCGUGAAAACGAUUGCUAAGGAAGUGGGAAAUGCUAUCGAUGGGGAUGGUUAUGUGCCGGUGAUUUGUGGGUUGUCGAGGUGUAAUGAGAAGGACAUUAGGACUGCGUGGGAGGCUGUGAAAUACGCCAAGAGGCCGAGGAUUCAUACUUUUAUUGCCACAAGUGCGAUCCAUAUGCAGUACAAGUUGAGGAAGAGUAAAGAGGAGGUGUUGGAGAUUGCCAGGAAUAUGGUUAGAUUCGCCAGGAGUUUGGGGUGUGAUGAUGUGGAGUUUAGCCCUGAGGAUGCUGGCAGAUCUGACAGAGAGUUCUUGUAUCAGAUCUUGGGUGAAGUUAUCAAGGCUGGUGCAACAACUCUGAACAUACCUGAUACUGUUGGCAUAACAUUGCCUAGUGAAUUUGGACAGUUGAUAGCUGAAAUAAAAGCCAAUACCCCUGGAAUAGAAAAUGUCAUCAUUUCAACACACUGCCAAAAUGAUCUUGGACUUUCCACAGCUAACACCUUAGCAGGAGCAUAUGCAGGCGCAAGACAACUUGAAGUAACAAUCAAUGGCAUUGGUGAAAGAGCUGGAAAUGCUUCAUUGGAGGAGGUUGUAAUGGCCAUCAAAUGUCGUGGAGAGCAUGUUUUAGGAGGUCUUUAUACUGGAAUCAAUCCUAAACGCAUCACUAUGGCAAGCAAGAUGGUAGAAGAGUACACUGGAUUGCAUUUGCAGCCGCACAAGGCUAUUGUUGGAGCUAAUGCUUUUGCUCAUGAAAGUGGCAUACAUCAGGAUGGAAUGCUAAAACAUAAAGGUACGUAUGAGAUUAUGUCUCCUGAAGAUAUUGGGCUUGAACGAUCUAAUAAUGCUGGGAUUGUCCUUGGAAAACUCAGUGGCCGCCAUGCUUUAAAAGAUCGAUUAAAAGAGCUUGGCUAUGAAUUGAAUGAUGAGCAACUCGGCAACAUCUUUUGGCGUUUCAAGGCAAUAGCUGAACAAAAAAAGAGGGUUACUGAUGCGGAUUUGAUAGCAUUGGUGUCAGAUGAAGUUUUUCAGCCAGAAAUUGUGUGGAAGCUUUGUGAUCUGCAGGUUACUUGUGGAACACUUGGUCUCUCUACUGCAACAGUUAAACUCAUUGAUGCUAAUGGUGAAGAGCACACUGCAUGCUCUGUUGGAUCUGGGCCAGUAGAUGCAGGAUACAAGGCUGUUGAUCUCAUUGUGAAGGAACCUGUUGAACUUCUUGAAUACUCCAUGAAUGCUGUUACAGAAGGCAUAGAUGCAAUAGCCACUACCCGUGUUGUAAUUCGUGGAGAGAACAUUCACACUACUCUUGCUUUAACAGGCGAACCACUAAUACGUUCAUUUAGUGGAUCCGGUGCUGGAAUGGAUAUUGUUGUUUCCAGUGUGAAGGCCUACAUUGGUGCAUUAAAUAAGAUGCUAGCGUUUAAGCGGCGGUUGCCAAGAGUCAGCGUUUCUACAGAUAUGACCCCUGUAUCCGCAUGAAGAAGCUUGAGAACAAGUUUGAUGCAUAUCAAUAACACCUUAUUGAUCAUGUGAAAAAUAGGGAGUAGAGGUGCUUUAAUGUAAAAGGGCAAGAAAAAAAAUUGUCUAUAAUUCUGGAACUUAAUCUGAAAUUGGCUAUUGUUUUUGAAGAAAGUUAUGUUGACUUGAGAAUGGAUGGAUUUUUAGAUCAAAAGUGAGUGAAAGUUUUAUAUCAAUACUCUAUUGUUGUGCCCAUAAUUCUGACCAUUAUUCAGCUGGAUAGGAGAGACUCAAAGCCUCCAGCAUUUGAUGGGAAGCUGAACUUCUGUUUGUAUGGCC